UGUUCUAAUUUAGGGGGGAUAGGAUUGGGAAUGCCCGUUAGAUGUGGCUUGCCGAUAAUAGCACACAUCAGCCACAGCGCUGCAAAUGAGAGCACAGGCAGAGAGCAGGGGACUGAGUGCAGAAUGAUACCAUAGAGCACAGAGCGAGAGAAGGAGUGGGAGAGAGUGUAUUGUCAGCACGUUGGAGAGCGCAAAGCGCAGAGGACUGAGAGAGUGCAGGAAAGGAGGAGAAGAAGCGGAGAGGGAAAAAAAGAUAGAGGAUUGUGUUUUUGUAGGGGGGUAAAAGUUCCCACUGCUCCAGGCAAAAAGCAGACCUGAGGUCAGCAGCAGGGAGAAGUGAACCAGGUGGAAGAAGUGGAGCAGCUGACAGCAGGAGAGAAAGAGUCACAGGGGGUCUUGCUCUCACGGCAAACAUCACAGCAGUGUGGAGAGGACAGGAGAUCCAGGGGACACUAUUGAAACUUACCGACUCAAGGACGCAGUCUGCCGUCACUUGUCAGGGUAAUAAUGGUUCUCACUGGACUAGGGCUUCUCUGCAUGGCUAACUCAAGAGCAUGAGAGCAGACGCUGGGCAUUGGGCGGAAGACACAUAGAGCUGGGAAUAGCGCCUGUGUCGUUCCUUCCUCUCACUUACCUGUGUUGGGGAGGUAGAAAGAUUCUGAUAUAGAAACAUUCCGAUUGUCUGGCCUUGAAGAGAAUCAGUACAGAGCAGAGAGGGAGAGAGGAGCAGGUUAGAGUGGGAGAGUUCUGUCCUCUCAUCUCUGAGACAUGGUAGAGUGUGUAACAGUAGCGAGCCCCUCAGCAGCAGCAGCAACAGCCCCAGAGCAUGGAGAAGUCCAGCAGUGAGGAGUCAGCCAUUCACCGCAGCCCGUCCGUGGAUAGCCGCGACUCUGACUUUGCCCGCGCCUCUACAUCUGGCCGCCCGUUCGGUGGCCGCGGCUUCACCGCCGGCGCGUUCUACGGCUCCACGGGGCCACGUGGCGCCUCCGCCGCACAGGGGCAGGCUGGGACAGCGGCCGAUGCCAGCGUCAACAUCGGAGGAGACAAGAGCAGCAAUAACAAGUACACGGCGCCCAAAGGCAGCAAAUACGUGGUCUUUUACCUGGAUCUAUCCUUUGUGUUCCUUUUAGAAUUCAAGAAGUGCAACAUGGCACGGGGCUGUCUCUGCUGUUUGAAGUACACGAUGUUCCUCUUCAACCUCAUCUUCUGGUUGUGUGGCUGUGGGCUGCUCGGCGUGGGCAUCUGGCUGUCCGUGUCCCAGGGCAGCUUUGCCACCUUCUCGCCCUCCUUCCCGUCGCUCUCCGCUGCCAACUUGGUCAUCGCCAUCGGCGCCAUCGUCAUGGUGACCGGCUUCCUGGGCUGCCUGGGCGCCAUCAAGGAGAACAAGUGCCUGCUUCUGAGCUUCUUCAUUGUCUUGCUGAUAAUCCUGCUGGCAGAGCUGAUACUACUCAUCCUGUUCUUUGUGUAUUCAGAUAAGGUCAGUGAGAAUGCCAAGCAGGACCUGAAGGACGGCUUGUCUCUGUACAACACAGACAACAAUGUAGGCCUCAGGAACGCAUGGAACAUCAUCCAAGCAGAGUGGAAGUGCUGUGGGGUGGUAGGGUACACAGAUUGGCACGAGGCCCUCAAGGAGAAGGUGGUGCCCGACCGCUGCUGCCAGGAGCACUACCAGGAGUGCGGACGCAACUCCACCAACAUGUUCUGGACACGGGGCUGCUAUGAGAAGGUGGAGGAGUGGCUCGAUGACAAUAAGCAUCUCAUGGGAACCAUUGGCAUGUGCAUCUUGGUAGUGCAGCUCCUGGGAAUGGCGUUCUCCAUGACACUGUUCCACCAAAUCCACAGAACAGGGAAGAAGUAUGACGCUUAGCGUGGGACAGACAGCACACAGAGAAAGGAGCCCCAUGUACUGCCUGAUGGGAUAGACUCUGGAUGCUCCCCCCCCCAACCCCCAUUCCUCCUGUAUCACAAAGCCUCCCACUCCCCACUCUUCCCAGAAACCCUGUACAGACUGCAGCUGUGUCACCCUUGUCCUCUUCCCUGUCCACUCCCACCAUUCAUUUGCCAAAGAUAAAUGGGACUGGAAGAUGUCUUAUGUCGUCUCUCUCCUGUUCAGAAGUAAAUAUAAAUGUUUUGGGCGCUUGGACUAAUAGUUUUGCGGGAGGCUUUACUAGUGCUCACACCCCCCCCGCAAGGCGAAGAAAGCGGUGAAAAGAAAGAUUAGAUUGUAGUCUCCAGGUUUUCAUGGAUUUUGUCGUGUUGAUUGUUUAUGUUAACUUCCUCUUUCCCUUGUAAAUGAUGAAAGGCUCCGACAUGCUAUGCUAGUUUUCUACUCCCCGGAACCCUUUUUCAUUGAAAAUGUCAGACAACAUUUUUCUCCCCCAAUACAGUAUGAUUUGUUUCUUCUAAAUGUGUCCUUUAUGCUCCUAUGAAAUGGAGUGUUUGAUAUGCUAAGUCAAGACUCUCAAACCCUGUUCCUGGAGAGCUACCAUCCUGUAGGUUGUCACUCCAACCCUGUUCCUGGAGAGCUACCAUUCUGUAGGUUGUCACUCCAACCCUGUUCCUGGAGAGCUACCAUCCUGUAGGUUGUCACUCCAACCAUCAUCUAGUGCACCUGAUUUGUAUAAUUGGCUGGUUUAUAAAUUGAAUCAGCUUAGUUACAACUGGGGUUGGAUCAAAAACCUACAGGAGGGUAACCCUCCAGAAACAGGGUUGGAGAGCCCUGUGUUAUCGGUUGUCAGAGGUGUGGAAUGGAUGAGAUGCACAGGAGGCUGCUGAGGGGAGGACGGCUCAUAAUAAUGGAUGGAAUGGAGUGAAUGAAAUGGUAUCAAACACAUGGAAACUAUGUGUUUGAUGUUUUCGAUGCCAUGCUAUUUAAUCCGUUCCAGACAUUACGGCCACCUGUGAUGAGAUGUGAUGAGUUGCUGUGGAUCAGGGAUGGGCAACUCCAGUCCUAGGAGGGGCGAACUGGUGUGACACUCUUCUCCUAGCCCUAUAGCUAACACACCUGAUUAGACAAAUUGCAUGAAUCUAAACUGAAGACUAUGGGCGCGUUCCUCUGCCCAGGCGUUGCUGACGCAUGCCAGAUCUUACAAUGCCUUGGAUAGGUAUUUUACUUAUCAGCUAAACACAUCAUAUGGUAAAGCAAUCGGUCAGUCUAUGGCACAGUCAAUGACGUGGCACGCAACCAUUGGCACGUAAUGUCUGAGCAGGUAGCACAGGACCCACGAUCAGUUGAUUAUUGGAGUCUGGUGUUAGCAGUGGCUGGGGAAAACGUGUGUCACCAACCAGGCCCCCGAGGACUGGAGUUUCCCAUCCUUGCUGUGGAUGGUCAGGGGUUGGGGUGGGUCCUAGGUCAAGGUUGUAAUGCCAUGAGCCCUAAGUGGGUGGUGCCCUGGAUUCGUAGAGGUGUUUCCUGUGAUGGAAAGAAUUACACUUCAGAGGAAUCAAGUUAAGAGUGCAGGGCUCUUCAACCCUGUUCCUAGAGAGCUACCCGCCUGUAGGUUUUCGCUCCAACCCCAGUUGUAACUGACCUGAUUCAGUUUAUCAACCAGCUAAUUAUUAGAAUCAUCUGCACUAGAUUAAGGUUGGCGCAAAAACCUACAGAAUGGUAGCUCUCCAGGAAUGCCUGAACUCUUUAGUUUUUAUUCCCUCUCUUUCUCCAUCUCAUCCUUUCGCUCUCUCUCUUACUUUUUACAUGUCGGAACGGUAGGGGGGCGAGACAAGCUCUUCACAGUACACAUUUUCACUGACAUUCCUGCUAGACUAAGUGAUGAUGUGUCUACACCUGUAGUCUGGAUUCUGCUGCUGUAGUUUUCAAAGCGCCUUCCCUGCGUCAGUCAGUCACAGAGUGGGUGGAAGGGAGGGAGUCUGAUCAAAAGACGAGGCUGUGGUUCGGAUAUGGCAAUGCGCCCUGUAGGACAAGUCGUUUUACUAGCGCUAUAACGGUGGCCUAUGUGCGGUUCAACAGGAAACAGUUUAGGACUACCUGGAUAAGAAACAUUUUUGUAGCAUAAACAUUUUCCUUUACAUGCCCUAUUGAACAUGGCCCCGUUUUCCUUUAACAUGUCAACAUGCAGAAGUAGAGGGAACUUAAAAAAGCAUUCACUUGCAACCUUCUGCUUGUAGUAAUCAAUUCAUUGACUUAUCGUUAACAUAAAGGAGGGGAGGUUGGCUGAACUGACUGGAUGUUUACUGUACUUUGGGGAAUUUGGUUAGAAGUCUGAUAAUCGGGACCAGAAGUGUCUCAGUUCUAAAAUCUCAUCCUACAAUUGAGGGAGGGUUAGAGGCUAGGAUGCUGCUUGGGAUAAGAGGUGUAAGAACUCUGGCAUUGCUGCUACAUGCGGAUGUCGUGUGAAGGAUCGAGGAGGCAGCAGGGGGUAAAGGACAUUUAGCCAAACGCAGCUAACUCGGAGACACUGCGUCCUUCACACUCUGUCUGCAUUAAGGAUCAUCUUCAGGACCAUCUAAGGUCAUUCAUUAAAUCUUAAUUUGAACAUAUUGGGAUGUACAAUACUCUACAUAGUGGUAGAUGGCAGCAGAUGUGGGUUUUGUGCAUGGCUGUGUCACAGGCUCAGAUAGUUGUUGUUGACCUUUCUGUCUCUGAUUCACUGGAUGCCCCAUCAUAAUCCAUGUUUUACAACCACAGGAAAAACAUGACAGCUGCUGAUGCAAAGCACUGGCAUGAGCGCUUCACGUCCUCUGCCUGGAUGCAUCCACAAACAUUCGGCACAAUUUAUCGCUCCCGCAAAUGACGCGAGGUACACGGCAGGGUCGACAUUUGUAGAGGUGUGACGAUUGUCGUCGGUCACGUAAGAACAGGUUUGUACCCUGUGUACCUUACAUCCGUGUGCCCCCUGCCACAUUGCUUGCUCCCAGAAGUAAUACUGCGUCUGAUAAUCAUAGACGAAAGAGCACAUUCAUCUCAGCUGAUCAGAUCUGUGAUCAUUAUUGUAUUGUGAAAGUCUGACAUUGCGACAUUGUGUGAGGUGAUUUGGGGUGGAAGGGUUAGAUGUUGAAUGAAAUGCAGAAUAGCCACUCCAGCAUGAAGAUAGAUAUACAUGAUCAAAUCCUGAUACAAAAACCGGCUUUACACUGUCCAUAUGUCAGACUUCGUUCAAGAAUCAUUUCAAAAUCCCAAACAGUUUUCCCCUUUGUCAUUCGCGUAACGUGUAACUGUCACUGCCAUCUCUGAAAUGGCGGUUUUCUACCAUUUGACAUUCACGUAACGUGUAACUGUCACUGCCAUCUCUGAAAUGGCGGUUUUCUACCAUUUGACAUUUUUCUGUUCUUCGGAAAGGAAUCCAUUCAAGUCUUUGCUUCCCGCAUUCUCCCACCGUCAAGUGGUUUUUCAGUGUUUUAUCAAACAUAUGUUGUUUGUUCAUGUUCAUAGAGGAGAAGAAGUCCAUCACUUUAACACUAGUGUUUUAUGAUGUUGUGCCGUUGUACAUGAGCUGUUUUUGUCUCUUGUUUUCAUACGAUCUGCUCUUUUACUGUGUUCUACUUGGCUUUGUUGUGUCAGAAGCUCACUGUCAGUCAUCUGGAGAACAUUAGGAUUAUAUCCUUGGGAUUAUAGACAGAUAGUUAGACGGGGGAAUUGAAGACAAACAGGAACGUAACGUUAUUCCUUUUUAGGGUGCAACUAAACCACCUUCCUGUCUUGACUUCGCCACAGGCAUUUAUUCCAGUCCUGUUUUGAGGGAGGAACAUGCCGUCUGAGUAGGAGGGUCAAUACAUACUGCAUGUUUGCUGUUUUGUUUUCUCUAUACGGAGAGCUGGAUCCAAACCGCAUCGUAAAAGUAUUGCAGAAAAUAAGACUUUUCGGUCGAUUUAAAUUUAAAGUCAAUAUUCCCGCAUUCACAUAUGUCGGCUCAAUCUGAAAUGACCUUACAAAUGUCAUCCAUUUUGUGUACAUUAGGAUGUGCUAUUCUAUGAUCUAAUUCUUCUUACUGCAUUACUGUUAUUCUAGUCCUGGGAGUAACUGAUCAACUGUUCUUGUUGCACCUCUGCAAUAGGAAGGACCCCAUGAACCUAAUGCCCAUGAUAUUGACAGAAGAUGAUAUGAACAUCCGCGCUCUCUCUGAACUGUUUAUUUUUGGACGUCAUUUUCUUAGCUGUACUAAGCGUUAACUCAUUUCCUACCCAUUAAUUCAUGUUGUUCAUCUUUUAUUUGUUUGAUAGAUUGUUUGCAUUUGUACUUUUUAAUUCAGGAGCAUUGUAAAAGAAAAUGUAAAUGUGUUUUAUUUUGGGGGGGGGGGGUUAGUACUGUAUUGCUAGUUUCAUUUACAGUAUUGCAACUUGUAGUGAGAAAUAGCAUACAUUUCAUUCGUGGAUUUGGAAUGAGUAUUAAGUAUUUUUUUCCCUCUCUUCACAUGGAAACACUGCCACAGACUGGAGAUGGAAAGGGAAGAAUGGUUAUUGGGGGUUUUGUCUGCUAUGGAAACAGCUCAUUUCUACCACCUUUGACAUAUUUUUAUAAUCUCAUCACUAAUCCCUCACAACUAAAGCUGACUAUCUGAGCUGUUCUGAAAUGUAAGCUCUUGAAUGGUGUGUUUGAUGUAGUGUCAUGGCAAAAGCGCAGUAUUAUCUGCUACAUGUCAGCCUUGUCCUGUGGAUUUUUUUUUGUUUUGUUGCUACAUGUAAAAGAACUCGGAAUAUCUAUAUUAGGUGGUGCACUACAUUUCAUUCUUUAAAUCCUACUAUUUUUUAAAUAAAGGAAAGUGUGUCGCAAAAUCCCACUA